AUGGCCGCCGUACAGCAGCCACCAGCACCCACACCGGCACCGGCACCGCCCCGCAUCAACGCGACCAGGCCCGAGAACCUCGGACCUUCGACCAAGCGCAUCUCAAAGGCCCAGCUCCUGCUCGAGUACCAGCAGCUCCUGCCCCUCGAGCCUGCCCACAACCGCCGCAUCCUCGACCUCGUCGUCCCCUCGUUCCUCGCCCGCACCCGCACCCCGCUCGCCGCACCUCGCGUCGACGCCGUGUGGGACACGCUCCUCCAAGCCGUCGCCGUCCCCGACGACAAGCACAUGACCAGGCUCUGGCGCCAGGGCUUCUUCGGCAAGGGCUUCCUCUCGCGCUCCGAGCCAUCGUGGCGCCGCCGCGUCGACAACCGCAUCGCCGACUACCACGGCCGCUCCGACAAGCGCCUCACCCCGGAAGAGGUCACCGCACUGCGCCGCAUCGAGCGCAAGGGCACCAAACUCGCAAAGAAGCUCGAGCGCGACCACGACCGCCUCGUCGCCGCCUCGACCGCCACCGACCGCGUCGUCCUCGACCAGGCCCAGGUCGACGUCCAGGCCAACGCCAAGGGCAAGGGCAAGGGCAAGGAGGUCGUCGACGUGCCCGUCGACAUCGAGGCCGACGCCGACGAGCAGGACCCGCCCCCGCCAGCGUGGCACCUCGACGCCGAGCACUCGCAGCUCCAGCCCGAGGAGGCCUUCUUCCUCGUCUUUGCGCUCGACGCCCUCAGCCUCACCGUCUCGGACCCGUUCGCCCCCGACGCCGCCACGGCCGUCGACCGGCCGCCCAAACCCCUCUCGAUCCUGGCCGCCUUCCGCCUCUUCCUCGAGGCCGCGUGCCCGUCCCUCGUCCCCCUCCCCCUCCCCCUCUCGCCCACCCAGAGCACCCCGCCCUACGACCCUCGCCUCGCGCGCCUCGACUCGCCGUUCCUCGUCAGCUACGCCGCGUACCACCACUUUCGCUCGAUGGGCUGGGUCGUCCGCUCGGGUGUCAAGUUCUGCGUCGACUGGGUCUUGUACGGCCAAGGUGGACCGGUCGGGGGCCAUGCCGAGUUCGCCGUCCUCGUCCUCCCAACUUACGUCGACCCAGCCGACGCCGCGUCCAACCCGUUCCGGUCCCACUCGGCGGCGCUCGCCGUCGACCGCGCCGGGGCUUCCUCGUCGGGCGGGGGCGCGACGGGCGACGACGAGCACCGCCAGGGCGAGGGCGAGCGCAAGAACUCGUGGAGGUGGUUCCACACGGUGAACCGGGUGUGCAGCGGGGUCAAAAAGACCCUCGUCCUCGCGCACGUCGUCAUCCCGCCUCUCUCGUCCCUCCCCGCACACGCCGCCGACCCGCACUGGGUCGCAAAGCACCCGGCCCAGGCCCUCGCGCGCCUCGAGGUCCGCGAGGUCGUCGUCAGGAGGUUCUUGGCCGGCAGGAUGCGCGAUUGA